AUGUUCCGAAAACUUAUUAAAAAAAUCGAACAAGGCGUGACCCAGCCUCAGAUGCGAGUCACUGCUUCUUCCGACACUGAAAGUAAUUCAACAGCAAAUACAACAGAUGAUGUUACUGCUACGGACAAUACAAAUUCUAACAGUAACAAUAAUUCAAGUGAUGGUGGUACCAGCCAGGCUCCUCCUUCUCCAAGUGUGGGUCAGCUAAUUGACAUACCAUUAAAUGAUGGAUCUCAUCUUGAGUCACCUAAAGAAGAAUCUGAGAGUUGUGAUGGUGGAGAUUUGUCUUUACUUGAUCAACAGCAGCAACAACCACAACCAUCACAAACCCAGUCCCCAGAUGGAGGUAAUUUAACUUCCAUGGAUGCACCCCCAUCACCACAACCAUCUAUUAAUACUUCAAUGGGCAGUGAUAUGUCAUUUAAUUCCCCAAUGCCUCCAGUCCAUUACCACAUGCCGUCCGACAUUGAGAGUGAAGUUGAAGAGAGCAGUUUUAGUAUAGAUAUCCUCAGUAAAGAGGAUCUAUACACACUGGUGAAAAAAUAUGAACGUCGAGCCAUUCGAUACAAGUCUAAGUUCACAGAGGUGGUAGCUACCUUCAAAGAUCUUCUCCAAGAAAGGGACAAAUUAAAGAACACUUUGGGACAAACACAAGAUAAAUCUUUUAGAAGAAUCUCAGAACUGAAAGAGCAAAUAAAUUUGGAUAAGUUAGCUAAGAGGGACCUUGAAGAAAAUUAUCGCCUUAUGUUAGAUGAAAAAGAUGAGCAAGUUAAUGUCCUGAAGAUGCAGGUCAAGCUCUUAAAAGAAGGAAAGGAUCCAGUUAGUGAAGAUUCCCCCAAGGAUGGAGAAACUCCUUCACCAACUGAUGCCUCCAAUCAACCACCUGCAGACAAUUCUAUAGCUCUUCAAGAGAAGGUAAAACGCUUAGAGACCUUGUUAAGCAAAUGUCAAGAAAUCAUAAAAAGCAAUAAAGAAAGAACAAGCGAACUGAAUACAGAAAAUGAAAAUCUGAAAAAACAACUGAGGAAUUAUGAAGGUGAUCAAUCAGGGUUACCUGCUGGAAGUAGUGAGGAGGUAUUGCGAUUGCAAAAGCAGAUAAGUCAAGCCCGUGAAGUGAUUGAGCAGUUGGAAGCCGACCGGGAAUUAGCCAUAGCUGAAGUUAAGAAGCAGGUGCAUGAAGCAAUUGAAGAGAAGGACAAAGAAUUAAGUGAGACAAGAAAUUCAUUACAGACUCUUCGAAGCCAAAUAGAUGAACUCACACAACAGAAAGAGUUACUUGAAAAACAAGGAAGUGAACAAUUAGAAAAGUCUCGUGAAAUUAUCAAACAGCUGAAAGAAGAAAAGAAACAAGCAGUGGCUGAAUUAGAAGAAAAACUAAGCCAUGCAGAGAAAACAAUGGAGGAAGAGAAAUCCAAUCUUGUCCAAGAAUUAUCACGAGGAAAAGCUCUGGCAAUUUCACUUAUUCAGAAAGAAAUGGAAAAGACAGUGGAAGAAAGAGUCAAAGUGGCUGUAGAAGAGAAGGAACAAGUGUGGCGGGAUCGACUCCUUCACAUGGAAUCAGCGCACCGAGAAGCCCUCACUGCAAAAGACAAAGAACAUGAAUUGUGGCAACGUCAAAAGGAGGAAGAAGUUCGUCGCCAGCUGCAGGAGAACCAGGAAGAAAUGAAACUGGCUAUUGAAGAGCGAGAACUUCAGAAGAUGGCUGCCCUCUCGCAGCAGGAUAGUCUAAAAGAUGCCCUGCAGUGUGAGAUCAACCAACUUAAGUCUGAGAGAAUAGAAAUGCAACAUCGAAUUGAACAGUUAGACAGUGAGAAAGCCAAGGUAGAAGUGGAACAUGCUGAGUAUAUGGAGAAUACUCGGCUGGGUAAUGAAGCCCUUGUUGCUGAAUUGACUGAACGACAUCGGACUGAACUUGAAACUCAGCUACAACAGCAAGAAGCUAAAUCUCAGGAAAAAAUAGAAAGCCUUAUACAGAAACAUGCAGAGGAAAUUGAACAGUUAAGAAAUUCACACCAGGAAGAUGUGUCAGGUUCUCAUGCUGAAAUUGAAGAAUACUAUAAAGGUCAGCUGGAGGGGGUUCGGUCGAGUUACGAGCAGCUGUUGGCUGAGAAAGCGUGCCAACUGGAGCUUGCUAACCAGACAGUACGUGAGUAUAAGGACAAGGUUGCUGAUAUGCAUACACAGUUUGAAGCACGCACACAAGAGUUUGAAACGCGGCUGGCUGAUCUCCAGCGGACCCUGCAGGUUGAGAAAGAUAGCUACACCAAGCUGCAGACUGAGAUGGAAAACGGGAAAAUUCAGUAUGAGGAGACUGUCCGAAAUUUGAAAAAUCAGUUCAGUGAGGCUGGAAACAACACAAAGCAACUUAAUGAGGAGAAGGCUCAACUUGAGCAGCAGGUGCAGGAGCUGACAGAAACAUUACAGCUGAAAACAGAUGAAUGGCUGCAAGAAAGGCAAGAACUUGUCAAUAAAGUGCAGUCUGAGAAAUUGUCUUUUGAAGAGCUUUUGCAAAAGGAAUGUUCUGCAGCUAGUUAUCAGUCCAUGCAGAAAAUUCAGGAGGUACAGCAGGAACAUGAGAAGAUUUUGUCCAAGACAAUUUCUAUCUCUCAGCAAGAGAAUGCUGAGUCUAAAGAAAAGAUCCAAGAAUUAGAAUCCCAAAUAGUUGAUCUGAAGAUCACCCUCCAAACAGCUGAAGAGUCCAAGGGUCAAAUGCAAGCUGUCUUAGAUACCAAGGAAGAGUCUUCCACAAAAAAUGUUUCUGAUGAAAUAAAAGAGAAACAGGUCAACAUUGAUGAGAUUUCCAAGAAGCUGGAACAUGCAUGUCAUGAAAAAGAUGAACUGCAUUCCAAGAUGCAACAGCAGGUGGCAUCAUUGGUUGCUGACCACCAGGCACAAAUUGACAAAGUAGAAAGUGAAUCAAAUGCUAAAAUUGCUGAUUACAAAAAGAAGGCAGAGGUUUAUAUUACACAAAUGAAGAAACAGAUGGAAGAGACUCAGCAGACAAUGAACAAAAAACAAAAAGAAACAAAUGAUGAAGUGCAGAGAUUAACAGAAGAACUUGAAACAGUAAAAACUGAAAGACGUACCAUAGAAGAAGAAUUUACACAAUGGAAGGUGGAACACUUAGAAAAAAUGCGUAGUCGAGAAAAAGUCCUACAGGAAAAACUCUUAAAGUCAGAAGAUAUAAGGUCUUCAGAAUCCCAACUACGCAGGACAUUCAAUGAGAUUAAAUCUGAAAAUGAAAGUCUCAAACAGGAGUUGCUAAAUCUGGAAGUUGAAGCUAGUCAAAAAGAAGAAAGGCAUAAGAUACAGGUUGAAAGCUUGGAGACAGAAAAGAAUAAAAUAAGUCAAGAACUGAAGCAGCUAAAGUUGUCUUCUAAGGAGACCAUGGAGGAGAUAGAAGAGAAGCAUAAAUCAGAAAUCACUACCUUGACUCAAGAGCAUGAGUUCAAAAUGAAAGACUUACAGGAUGAACAUAAUUCCAAAAUAAAAACUUUGGCCAAAGAAGUCCAUCAAAAAAUGGCUGAGAAAGACAAAUCUUAUGAAGAUUCUUUUUCUGAAGCUGUUGAACGCUGUCAACAAGAAGAGUCCCGAAUGAUGCGAGAACACAGGAGAGAAGUGGAUGAAUUAACAAAAGAUCUGUAUGCAAAACAAGAAGAAUUAGAAGACUUACAAGACAAAUACCAUACAGACUUGAAGGAGAAACAGGAACAGAUGGAUGCCAAAGUAGCCGAGUUAAAGAAACAGAUUGAAGAACUGCAGAAGAAACAUGUGGAAGAAAAAGACUGUCUAGAAGAGAAAUUGACAGCCAGGAAUGAGAGGCAAUUACAGACAUUAAAUGAACAGCAUCAAGAAGAGGUGAAUGCACUCAGUCAAGAGUGGAAUAAUGAAAGAAAGUUGAAUGACCCGUCCAUGGCCAGCCCUGCACAGUCACCCUCCAUACCUUUUAUUGAGGUGCACACACAGGAACUUGUUAACCAAAACCAGCGAACAUUGGAUGCUAUCCAAAGUGGUUCAGCAAAUGGAGAAAGUUUGCGUCGACAAGUCAUUGACCUGACAAGGCAAUUGGAAGUGGAACGAGAGAAACACAAAUUGGAAAUGGCUGAAUUACGCAACCAAUAUGAGAUGUCACAGAGCCAAUUACCUCAACCUUUGCUUGCUUCCCCCAGCCUUGACCCGAACCUCAAUGCUGACAUUCAAAAUUUGGAACUCUAUAACAUUGAUUUACAGGCUCAGGUAACACAGCUGAAUGGAGAACUAGCACAAACACGGAUACGUGAACGGGAAUUACAGCAGAAGCUGAAAGAUAUGGAGAACACAAAUGUGGUGAAAGCUGAUGGCCCAUCAGUUCUAAAUAUGUCUCACCAAUCCUAUUCAGAUAAUACCCCUACCUCCCACCAUGACAAUGAUUACAAUGGUCCACUCCUGAGGGAGCCUACAGAAUUAGAGUAUUUGAAAAAUAUUCUCUAUGAAUAUAUGAUGGGUCGGGAAACAAAGACCCUAGCCAAAGUGAUAGCAACAGUUGUACAAUUCACAGAAGAUCAGACGAGUAAGAUUUUAGCACAGGAAGAUUUGAGAUCCACCAUUUCUUCUUUUUUUUCUUGUUUCUUCUUACUCUUUUUCCUUUCUCCUUCUUUUCUCACUAACAUUUUUCUCUUUCUUUUUUCCCCUUUUUCCUUUCUUUUUUCUCUUCCCCUUUUUUCUUUCUUUUUUUCUCUUCCCCUUUUUUCUUUCUUUUUUUUCUCUUCCCCUUUUCUCUUUCUUUUUUUUCUCUUCCCCUCUUUCUUUUUCUUUCUCUCUCUCUCUCUCAUCAGUAGUACUAGUGUCAUAGCAGCAGCCAUCAUCAAUGGUGGCUACUUUUCACUAAAUUUUUUCUUUCUUUUCCUUUUACUCUAUUUUUUAUCUUUCACUUUUUUCUCUUUCUUUUUCUUUCUUUUUCUUUCUGUUUUUCUUUCUUUCUCUCUCUCUCUCAUCAGUAGUACUAAUGUCAUAGCAGCAGUCAAAACCAUUGGUGGUGGCUACUUUUCCACUAAGUGUCUUUUCACUUUCUGA